ACACCUGCUCUAAUUUCAGACUUUGACAGAGAGGACAGUCAUGGGAAUCCAGAAGCCAGAGAUUCACCUGUAAACGACAAAAGGCGUUCUCCCCCCUCAGACAGGCCUUCUUUUGGCCCUCAACACCACAACCACUCCACAGAUGAGCAGGACAGUCCAGAGAGAAUUGUUCAAAAGGAAAAGCUUCAUGCAGAACUAAAACAAGUUUUGAGUCAGAAGAGAAGCCAGCUUAGAGACACUCACUCCACCCUCAUAGACAUGGAAGAACCCCCACAGAAGGACAGUAAGAAUGAGGUGAAGAAGGAUAGCCAGGUGUCAGAGCUUGUGGAAGUGGUUGUUGAAACGCAGGCUGAGGUUGGAGCUAGUGGGUACAGUGUGGUGGGUGGAGGGGAGCAAGGCAUCUUCAUCCAAGAGGUUUUGAAAGACUCCCCAGCAGCGAAGCACCUCAGUCUACAGAAAGGAGAUCAACUGCUAAGUGCAAGAGUAUAUUUUGAUAACGUGAAAUAUGAGGACGCAUUAAAAAUUCUUCAGUGUGCAGAACCAUACAAAGUAUCCUUCUUUUUGAAGAGGACUGUGCCAGAAACCAAAGUCAGCAUACGUCCAGGUGCACAAAAUCUUGAGCUCAGAGGACCUAAAGCCAAGAUGCAAAGGAUGAGUGUCAAAAGUGUGAAACCGUUCAAAGCCAAGAAAAAGAGAGGAGGAAGAUUUGGAUUGAAAAGACUGAAAGAGAACAAAAAAGCAAGAGCACAAGCAGAACUGGACAUUGAAGGCUCAUCUGGCAGAUCAGGCCUCAGUCCUGUUGAUGUUGAGUUUGUAUUCCCAAAGUUCAAGAUAAGGAAAGGUGGAAAGGCCACUGCAGAUGGAUCAGGACAGCUGGAGGGAGUGAUCACUAGCAGUAGGAAGAAGAGGAAGAUCAGAUUUCCGAGGAUGAAAGCAAUGGAUGCUGCUGUGGGUGAAGGGAACAUCAAUGUAGAUGUUUCAACAUUUGAGGGAGAGGCAGAGGUUUCUGGAGCAAAGCUGAAAGCCAAAGCAAAAGGUCCAAAAUUUGGAAUUCAUUUGCCCAAAAUCAAAAAGUCAAAAUUAGAUGUACAAUCUUCAAAUGACAGCUUUGAGGUGAAAGAACCAGAGGCCAAAUUGAAGCCUCCAUCAGCAAAGACUGAUUUCAGCAUGAUUCAGGGCAAUGCUGAGGCUAAUGUGCCUAAUCUUGAGGUCAGUGUUAAAGUAAAGGAAGAGGGCCCUGAGAUUAAAAUGCCUAGGAUGAAUCUGGAUGUGUCAGAUACAAAGAUGCCAAUGCCAAUGAUCAAACUGCCAAAGGUUAGGCUGUCUUGUCAUUCAGAUGAAGUUGACGGAGAGGCAAGUAAGAAAAUUUAUACAUCUGAAAAUAAAUUGAAAAUGCCCACGAUUGACAUCAAAGCACCCAAUGUGGAUUUGGACUUGCAUUUCCCAAAGACUAAGGGCACAGCUGAUAUCAAAGAUGUUGAAAUUCCUCAUCCAAAUGUGAAAGGGAAAAAAUUCAGCAAGGCAAAGAUUGACACAUCAUUGACAAAGCUAGACUUUGAUGCAAAACAAAAAAUUGGAGAUAACGUUGAUGGAUCAAUGGUAAAACAGCACAAUAUUUCUCUCCCCAUACUUGAUAUUGCAGUGCCCAAGAUAGAGAAAUCAGAUGUGGACAUCAAUCUUCCUACAUUAGAUCUCUCAUUACCAAAAAUGACUGCAAAAAACACUGAUAGUGAGGGGCAUACAAGUACAGGAGUAAAAUUGGAGAUGCCAAAAAUAACAUCUCCUGAGGGUGAAAUCAGAGUCGAAAAACCUGCAGCAAAAGGUGAAACAUUUCACAUGCCAUCAGUUGACAUAUCAUUGCCAAAAGGAAAACUUGAGAGAAGCAAAAAGGGGGAAAUUCAAGGUCCUUUUGUUAAAGGAGUGUUUAAAGAACCACAAAUAGACAUUUCCAUGCCCAAAAUGAAAUUGCCACAAGGCAAAAUUUAUUUUGAGGAGCCUGAGAUCAAAGGUGGAAAAUUCAGCAUGCCAUCUAUCGAUGUUUCUUUACCAAAAGGAGCCAUGUCGAGGGAUGUAGAUAUUGAGGGCCACUCUGAAAAUGGGGGAAAGUUUAAAAUACCUAAUGCGAAAUUACCUGAGUGUGACAUUACUGAAGGACAUGAAAUAAAAGCAGGAAAAUUUAGUAUGCCAUCAAUUGAAAUUGCACUUCCUACAGGCAAAGCAGAGGGGCAUGUUGAGGUUGGAGACCUGUCAGGGAAAGAAGGGAAGUUUAAAAUGCCACAUGUAGACGUCUCGCUUGCAAAAAUGAAAUUAUCCACAUGCGAAAUCAAUACUGAGGACCCUGAGGUCAAAGUUGAAAAAUUCAAAAUGCCAUCCAUUGAUAUAUCAUUAACAAAAGGUAAAGCAGAGGUUGAGGGUCACUCUGGAAAAUCAGAAAAGUUGCAAAUGCCCAAAGUUGAUCUGUCCCUUCCAAAAAUGUCAUUGCCAAAGGGUAACAUUUCUGAUGUCUGUCUGGAUGGAGAAUCCAAAAAGGGGACAAAAUUUAAAAUGCCAAAAUGUGAUAUUAAUUUACCACAGAUGAAAUCAACAGGGGUUGAAAUCAUUCUACCCCAAAUGACAAAUGAAGGAGACAUAAAAGUUGAUGGGCAAACCAAAACAGGUGGAAAGAUUCCAAUGCCCCAAAUAGACCUUUCACUUCCAAGGAUUAAGAGACGAGAGGUGGAAAUCAAUGCUGAAGGACCUGAGGUCAAAGGAAGGAAGGCCAACAUGCCUUCCAUUGACAUUUCUUUGCCUAAAGACAAGACUGAAAGAAAGACUGCUCCUCAGAUCAAAAGUGGAAAGUUAAAGAUGCCAUCAAUUGAAAUAUCCCUCCCAAAAGGAAAAGCAGAAAGAGACAUUGAGGGAGAAAUCAAUACUGAGGCACCCAAUAUCAAAGGUGGAAAGUUUCACAAGCCCUCUGUAGAUAUCUCUCUACCAGGAGGAGGAGCAAGUGGAGAUCUUGAUGUUGAAGGGCAUGCAGGAAAAGGAAAAUCUGAAAUGCCCAAAUUUGACAUUUCUUUGCCAAAGGGUGAAGUCGAUGUUGAAGGUCCUGAUAUCAAGGGUGAAAAGUUUCACAUGCCCUCUGUAGAUAUCUCUCUGCCAGGAGGAGCAGCAAGUGGAGAUCUAAAUUUCAAAGGCAAUGUGGGAAAAGAAAAAUUUGAAAUGCCCAAAUUUGACAUUUCUUUGCCUAAAUUAAAGGGUGAAGUCAAUGUUGAAGGUCCUGAUAUCAAGGGUGGAAAGUUUCACAUGCCCUCUGUAGAUAUCUCUCUGCCAGGAGGAGGAGCAAGUGGAAAUCUAAAUGUUGAAGGGAAUGCAGGAAAAGGAAAAUUUGAAAUGCCCAAAUUUGACAUUUCUUUGCCUAAAUUAAAGGGUGAAGUCAAUGUUGAAGGUCCUGAUAUCAAGGGUGGAAAUUUUCACAUGCCCUCUGUAGAUAUCUCUCUACCAAGAGGAGGAGCAGGUGGAGAUGUAGAUGUUGAAGGACAUGCAGGAAAAGGAAGAAAAUUUGAAAUGCCCAAAUUUGAUGUGUCCUUGCCUAAAUUUAAAAUGUCAGGGGGUAAAAUCAACACUGAAGGUCCUGAUAUCAAAGGUGGAAAGUUUCACAUGCCAUCUCUAGAUAUCUCUCGACCAGGAGGAGGAGCAAGUAGAGAUGUAGAUGUUGAAGGACAUGCAGGAAAAGGACGAAAAUUUGAAAUGCCCAAAUUUGAUGUGUCCUUGCCUAAAUUUAAAACGUCAGGGGGUGAAAUUAACACUGAAGGUCCUGAUAUCAAAGGUGGAAAGUUUCACAUGCCCUCUGUAGAUAUCUCUUUGCCAGGAGGAGGAGCAAGUGGAGAUCUAAAUGUUGAAGGGCAUGCAGGAAAAGGAAAAUCUGAAAUGCCCGAAUUUGACAUUUCUUUGCCUAAAUUAAAGGGUGAAGUCAAUAUUGAAGGUCCUGAUAUCAAGGGUGGAAAGUUUCACAUGCCCUCUGUAGAUAUCUCUUUGCCAGGAGGAGGAGCAAGUGGAGAUGUAAAUGCCGAAAGGAAUGCAGGAAAAGGAAAAUUUGAAAUGCCUAAAUUUGACAUUUCUUUGCCUAAAAUAAAGGGUGAAGGUGAAGUCAAUGUUGAAGGUCCUGAUAUCAAGGGUGGAAAGUUUCACAUGCCCUCUGUAGAUAUCUCUCUGCCAGGAGGAGGAGCAAGUGGAAAUCUAAAUGUUGAAGGGAAUGCAGGAAAAGGAAAAUUUGAAAUGCCCAAAUCUGACAUUUCUUUGCCUAAAUUAAAGGGUGAAGUCGAUGUUGAAGGUCCUGAUAUCAAGGGUGGAAAUUUUCACAUGCCCUCUGUAGAUAUCUCUCUACCAAGAGGAGGAGCAGGUGGAGAUGUACAUGUUGAAGGACAUGCAGGAAAAGGAAGAAAAUUUGAAAUGCCCAAAUUUGAUGUGUCCUUGCCUAAAUUUAAAAUGUCAGGGGGUAAAAUCAACACUGAAGGUCCUGAUAUCAAAGGUGGAAAGUUUCACAUGCCAUCUCUAGAUAUCUCUCGACCAGGAGGAGGAUCAAGUGGAGAUCUAAAUGUCAAAGGGCAUGCAGGAAAAGAAAAAUCUGAAUUGCCCAAAUUUGACAUUUCUUUGCCUAAAAUAAAGGGUGAAGUCGAUGUUGAAGGUCCUGAUAUCAAGGGUGAAAAGUUUCACAUGCCCUCUGUAGAUAUCUCUCUGCCAGGAGGAGGAGCAAGUGGAGGUCUAAACGUCAAAGGCAAUGCGGGAAAAGGAAAAUUUGAAGUGCCUAAAUUUGACAUUUCUUUGCCUAAAUUAAAGGGUGAAGUCAAUGUUGAAGGUCCUGAUAUCAAGGGUGGAAAUUUUCACAUGCCCUCAGUAGAUAUAUCUCUGCCAGGAGGAGGAGCAAGUGGAGAUCUAAAUGUUGAAGGCAAUGCAGGAAAAGGAAAAUUUGAAAUGCCCAAAUUUGACAUUUCUUUGCCUAAAUUAAAGGGUGAAGUCGAUGUUGAAGGUCCUGAUAUAAAGGGUGGAAAUUUUCACAUGCCCUCUGUAGAUAUCUCUCUACCAAGAGGAGGAGCAGGUAGAGAUGUAGAUGUUGAAGGACAUGCAGGAAAAGGACGAAAAUUUGAAAUGCCCAAAUUUGAUGUGUCCUUGCCUAAAUUUAAAACGUCAGGGGGUGAAAUCAACACUGAAGGUCCUGAUAUCAAAGGUGGAAAGUUUCACAUGCCCUCUGUAGAUAUCUCUUUGCCAGGAGGAGGAGCAAGUGGAGAUCUAAAUGUUGAAGGGCAUGCAGGAAAAGGAAAAUCUGAAAUGCCCGAAUUUGACAUUUCUUUGCCUAAAUUAAAGGGUGAAGUCAAUAUUGAAGGUCCUGAUAUCAAGGGUGGAAAGUUUCACAUGCCUUCUGUAGAUAUCUCUCUACCAAGAGGAGGAGCAGGUAGAGAUGUACAUGUUGAAGGACAUGCAGGAAAAGGAAGGAAAUUUGAAAUGCCCAAAUUUGAUGUGUCCUUGCCUAAAUUUAAAACAUCAGGGGGUGAAAUCAACACUGAAGGUCCUGAUAUCAAAGAUGGAAAGUUUCACAUGCCAUCUCUAGAUAUCUCUCGACCAGGAGGAGGAGCAAGUGGAGAUCUAAAUGUCAAAGGGCAUGCAGGAAAAGAAAAAUCUGAAAUGCCCAAAUUUGACAUUUCUUUGCCUAAAAUAAAGGGUGAAGUUGAUGUUGAAGGUCCUGAUAUCAAGGGUGAAAAGUUUCACAUGCCCUCUGUAGAUAUCUCUCUGCCAGGAGGAGGAGCAAGUGGAGGUCUAAAUGUUGAAGGCAAUGUGGGAAAAGAAAAAUUUGAAAUGCCCAAAUUUGACAUUUCUUUGCCUAAAUUUAAGGGCGAAGUCAAUGUUGAAGGUCCAGAUAUCAAGGGUGGAAAUUUUCACAUGCCCUCAGUAGAUAUAUCUCUGCCAGGAGGAGGAGCAAGUGGAGAUCUAAAUGUUGAAGGGAAUGCAGGAAAAGGAAAAUUUGAAAUGCCCAAAUUUGACAUUUCUUUGCCUAAAUUAAAGGGUGAAGUCGAUGUUGAAGGUCCUGAUAUCAAGGGUGGAAAUUUUCACAUGCCCUCUGUAGAUAUCUCUCUACCAAAAGGAGGAGCAGGUAGAGAUGUAGAUGUUGAAGGACAUGCAGGAAAAGGAAGAAAAUUUGAAAUGCCCAAAUUUGAUGUGUCCUUGCCUAAAUUUAAAAUGUCAGGGGGUGAAAUCAACACUGAAGGUCCUGAUAUCAAAGGUGGAAAGUUUCACAUGCCAUCUCUAGAUAUCUCUCUACAAGGAGGAGGAGCAAGUAGAGAUGUAGAUGUUGAAGGACAUGCAGGAAAAGGAAGAAAAUUUGAAAUGCCCAAAUUUGAUGUGUCAAUGCCUAAAUUUAAAACGUCAGGGGGUGAAAUCAACACUGAAGGUCCUGAUAUCAAAGGUGGAAAGUUUCACAUGCCCUCUGUAGAUAUCUCUUUGCCGGGAGGAGGAGCAAGUGGAGAUCUUAAUAUCGAAGGGCAUGCAGGAAAAGGAAAAUUUGAAAUGCCCAAAUUUGACAUUUCUUUGCCUAAAUUGAAGGGUGAAGUCAAUGUUGAAGGUCCUGAUAUCAAUAGUGGAAACUUUCACAUGCCCUCUGUAGAUAUCUCUCUGCCAAGAGGAGGAGCAGGUAGAGAUGUAGAUGUUGAAGGACAUGCAGGAAAAGGAAGGAAAUUAGAAAUGCCCAAAUUUGACGUGUCUUUGCCUAAAUUUAAAACAUCAAGGGGUGAAAUCAAUGUUGAAGGUCCUGAUAUCAAAGGUGGAAAGUUUCACAUGCCAUCUCUAGAUAUUUCUCUACCAGGAGGAGGAGCAAGUGGAGAUGUAAAUGCCAAAAGGAAUGCAGGAAAAGGAAAAUUUGAAAUGCCUAAAUUUGACAUUUCUUUGCCUAAAUUAAAGGGUGAAGUUGAUGUUGAAGGUCCUGAUAUCAAGGGUGAAAAGUUUCACAUGCCCUCUGUAGAUAUCUCUUUGCCAGGAGGAGGAGCAAGUGGAGAUGUAAAUGCCGAAAGGAAUGCAGGAAAAGGAAAAUUUGAAAUGCCUAAAUUUGACAUUUCUUUGCCUAAAUUAAAGGGUGAAGUCAAUGUUGAAGGUCCUGAUAUCAAGGGUGGAAAAUUUCACAAGCCCUCUGUAGAUAUCUCUCUACCAAGAGGAGGAGCAAGUGGAGAUCUAAAUGUUGAAGGGAAUGCAGGAAAAGGAAAAUUUGAAAUGCCCAAAUUUGACAUUUCUUUGCCUAAAUUAAAGGGUGAAGUCGAUGUUGAAGGUCCUGAUAUCAAGGGUGGAAAUUUUCACAUGCCCUCUGUAGAUAUCUCUCUACCAAAAGGAGGAGCAGGUAGAGAUGUAGAUGUUGAAGGACAUGCAGGAAAAGGAAGAAAAUUUGAAAUGCCCAAAUUUGAUGUGUCCUUGCCUAAAUUUAAAACGUCAGGGGGUGAAAUCAACACUGAAGGUCCUGAUAUCAAAGGUGGAAAGUUUCACAUGCCCUCUGUAGAUAUCUCUUUGCCGGGAGGAGGAGCAAGUGGAGAUCUUAAUAUUGAAGGGCAUGCAGGAAAAGGAAAAUUUGAAAUGCCCAAAUUUGACAUUUCUUUGCCUAAAUUAAAGGGUGAAGUCAAUGUUGAAGGUCCUGAUAUCAAUAGUGGAAACUUUCACAUGCCCUCUGUAGAUAUCUCUCUACCAAGAAGAGGACCAGGUAGAGAUGUACAUGUUGAAGGACAUGCAGGAAAAGGAAGGAAAUUAGAAAUGCCCAAAUUUGAUGUGUCCUUGCCUAAAUUUAAAACGUCAGGGGGUGAAAUCAACACUGAAGGUCCUGAUAUCAAAGGUGGAAAGUUUCACAUGCCAUCUCUAGAUAUCUCUCUACCAGGAGGAGGAGCAAGUGGAGAUCUAAAUGUCAAAGGGCAUGCAGGAAAAGGAAAAUCUGAAAUGCCCAAAUUUGACAUUUCUUUGCCUAAAUUAAAGGGUGAAGUCGAUGUUGAAGGUCCUGAUAUCAAGGGUGGAAAUUUUCACAUGCCCUCUGUAGAUAUCUCUCUACCAAGAGGAGGAACAGGUAGAGAUGUAGAUGUUGAAGGACAUGCAGGAAAAGGAAGAAAAUUUGAAAUGCCCAAAUUUGAUGUGUCCUUGCCUAAAUUUAAAACGUCAGGGGGUGAAAUCAACACUGAAGGUCCUGAUAUCAAAGGUGGAAAUUUUCACAUGCCCUCUGUAGAUAUCUCUUUGCCGGGAGGAGGAGCAAGUGGAGAUCUUAAUAUCGAAGGGCAUGCAGGAAAAGGAAAAUUUGAAAUGCCCAAAUUUGACAUUUCUUUGCCUAAAUUGAAGGGUGAAGUCAAUGUUGAAGGUCCUGAUAUCAAUAGUGGAAACUUUCACAUGCCCUCUGUAGAUAUCUCUCUGCCAAGAGGAGGAACAGGUAGAGAUGUAAAUGUUGAAGGACAUGCAGGAAAAGGAAGGAAAUUAGAAAUGCCCAAAUUUGACGUGUCUUUGCCUAAAUUUAAAACAUCAAGGGGUGAAAUCAAUGCUGAAGGUCCUGAUAUCAAGGGUGGAAAAUUUCACAAGCCCUCUGUAGAUAUCUCUCUGCCAGGAGGAGGAGCAAGUGGUGAUCUAAAUGUUGAAGGGAAUGCAGGAAAAGGAAAAUUUGAAAUGCCCAAAUUUGACAUUUCUUUGCCUAAAUUAAAGGGUGAAGUCAAUGUUGAAGGUCCUGAUAUCAAGGGUGGAAAGUUUCACAUACCCUCUUUAGAAAUCUCUCUACCAGGAGGAGGAUUAAGUGGAGAUGUAGAUAUUGAAGGACAUGCAGGAAAAGGAAGAAAAUUUGAAAUGUCUAAAUUUGAUGUUUCUUUGCCAAAAUUAAAGGACGAAGUCGAUGUUGAAGGUCCUGAUAUCAAGGGUGGAAAGUUUCACAUGCCCUCUAUAGAUAUCUCUUUACCAGGUGGAGCAGCAGGUGGAGAUGUAGAUGUUGAAGGACAUACAGGAAAAGAAAUACAUUUUGAAUUACCUAAAUCUGAUGUUUCCAUGCCUAAAAUAAAAUCAUUAGGGGACGAAUUUAAUGUUAAAGAUCCUGAUAUCAAGGGCAGAAAGUUUCACAUACCCUCUGUAGAUAUCUCUCUACCAGGAAGAGGAACAAGUGGAAAAGUAGAUGUUGAAGGACAAGCUCGAAAAGUAGGAACGUUUCAGAUGCCAUCUGUUGGUAUUUCUCUACCAAAAGGAACCAAAGGAGGAGGCCUUGAUCUGGAUGAGGAUUAUGAAAAAGAUCGAAAGUUUCAUAUAACAAAUGUUGAUAUCUCUCUUCCUAAAAUGAAACAAACAGAACAUCAACUUAAAGUUGAAGGUACAGAUAAGAAAGCAAAAAUUUUCCAUUUGCCGGACGUUGACAUCUCUAUACCUAAAAUGACCCAAGAUUCUAAUGAAGAGGCCAAAGCUACUGGUGGAACAAUUAGUUACUUAAAUGACCCUAAGGUGACUGUAGGUGGAAACAUUAAGCUACCUACUGUGAAAAUACCAACUGUUGACAUAUCUGCUCCUAAAGUUGACCUGGACUUUACUCUUUCAAAGGGAAAAGGUGGCGAUAAGGAAAAUAUUGAACUCCUCAAAGCAGAGGGUGGGAGGCCAUCAUCUGGGGCAAGUUUUGAUGUUCCAGAGGUCUCUGUAAACAUGCCCAAAAUUUCACUCCCUAAAUUUGGCAAAAAAUUUAAAAGUGUAGACAAAGAACUAGAGAGUACUGGCUUAUCUCUAGAUUUGAACUUGGAGAGAAGAUCACCAUCGGUGGAAACGGAUGUCACAAUUAAGAAGACCAGAAUCAAAAUUCCAUCCAUUGGAAUAUCCAAAAAGGAUGUUGUUAUAUGUGGGCCAGAAGCUGAAAUGAAGAUAAAAGCAGAUACUGGAGGACUUACUCAACCAGAAAUCCAAGUGGAGGAUCCUGAAGACAAGGUUAAAUAUAAGCUCAAAUUCCCUAAAUUCAAGACAUUUACUUCCAAAGCAAAGCUCAAAGAUGCAAAAAUGGAUAUGUACUUGGACAAAAAUGCUGGGGAAAGGGGCAACUUCAAAACCCCCACACCGGAUAACAAAGGAAAGGUAAAAAUGCCAGCAGUGGAAAUAUCAUUGCCAACAACAAAUAUUCCAGAGUGUGAGGUUUUGCUUCCAAAAUCUGAGGUUGAUGUGUCUGAAGAAGAUACCAGAGGUUAUGAGGGCAGCUUAAAAAUCCCUAAGAUGCCAACUAUUGAUAUAUCAGUUCCAAAAGUUGAUUUGGAUGUUUCCUUGUCAAAGGUAAAACUUGAUGAAUCAGUGGACUCAAACUCUACUGACUUAAAUAAUGAUAGUAGUAGGGAUACAGUAAAUAUUCCCCAUAUCAAAAUCCCUAAAGUAGAUAUUUCACUUCCACAUAGAAACACAGGAGAUAUGGAUAACUUUGAGGUGGAGGGUGAAUGUGGCAUGUUCAAGCUACCAAAAAUUACAAUUCCCUCAGUGGACAUAUCUUUACCAAAAGGGAAAACGGAUGAAAAUUGUCCUUCAGAACUGGAAAUUGGAGGAGGUGGACACUUGAAUAUGACAAAGGUUAAGAUACCAAACGUUGACAUAUCACUUCCUCUGGGGAAAACUGGAGACCUUGAUGCCCCAAAACUAGAAGCCGGAGGACAUGGGAGUGCAUUCAAGAAGCUGGACAUAAAAAUUCCAGAUGUUGAUAUAUCCCUACCAAAAGGGAAAAUAGGACAAAUCAAUGUCCCACAAAUAGAAAUGAAAGGAAAAAGAGAAAAAAUUCAGAUGCCGAAAGUUGAUAUUGCCUUUCCUAGAGCAAGAACGUCAGACUCUGAUGUUCCAGAGCUGGAGUUAGGAAGAAGUGGUAAAUUAAAAAUGCCAACAGUGGAAAUAUCAUUACUCCAUGCAAAAACUGACACAUCUAAACAUGACUUUGAAACUAAAGUUGACAAACUGAAAAUGCCAAAAAUUUCAAUGCCCACUGUGGACAUAUCAUUGCCACAUGGAAACACAGGAGAAACUGAUGAUCUUGAUUCAGAAUUUAGAAUAAAGGGGGGUAAAUUAAAAAUGCCAGAUAUCACAGUGCCUAAGGUAGAUUUAUCACUACCUCACGAAGGGAAAACAGAAAUUCAUGCACCAGUCUCAAAAGUAGAAGGUGGAAAAUUAAAGAUGCCAACAGUUGAUAUAUCACUUCCUAAAAUAAAAUCAAAAGACACAGUUGUUCCAGAACCUCAGUCAGAACUUGACUUUGACAUUGGGCCUGCCCAGGUUGAUAAUGACAAUUCUGAAGAAGAUAAAAAGCAGACUGGUAAAGUCAAAAUUCCAAAGUUUGGGAUACCUCUGACUUCUUUGUGUUCACCUGAAGCCAGCAUCAAAUCAUCUCAGGUAAAAGGUCAUUCUGUAACAGUCGACUCUGAGAUAGAGUAUGAGGGCCCACGAAUGCCAAAAGUGAAAAAAGCAAUGUUUGUUAUGGUGAAUCCACAAAUAGAGAGCUCUGCUAGUGUAGGUGGUGAAGCAAGUGCAGAAAUUGGAGAUGAGGAGCUCAAGUUGCCAAAGAUCAAAAUGAAGCCAAGUUUUGGCAAGUCUCAAACAAAUGAAAAAAGGAAAUCAAUAAAUAGUGAAGAAGAUGUGGAAACUGAGGGAAAGCCAAAGACUGGUAAACUGAAGUUGCCCAAAGUCACUUUUUCAUCUGGGAAGACAGGAUCAUUUGAUGUAACACUAGGUGGGUCUGAUGUUGGAAUAGGUCCAAACCUAAAUGGGGACAAAGAUGAAAAAGCAAUGUUUGGAAAGCUUAAAUUGCCCAAAAUAGAGUUUUUCUCACCAAACUCAAAUGAAACAGGUGAGAAAGAGGAUAUGGAAACAAGUAUGAAACUUGCCAGGAUGGAGACCUCAGGGGAUGGCAAAGAGAGCAAGGAGACAAAGACAAAACCAGGCAAAAUGUCUUUUCCCAAUGUCGAGAAGAAAACAGGGACGGAUGAGGAGAUGGGAGAGAUCGGUACUUUAGUAUUCUCAAAAGCAAGGACUGAAAUGCUGGCAGAACUGGAGAGAUCAGAGUCCCCAAUACCUAAAGUUUUAGCUGGAUUUGUCUCAGGAAAGAAAAGUGAAGAAAGAGAGGAGACAACAUGGUUCAAAGUACCGAAAGUCACCCUUAGCCCCCAUUCUACUGGCAUCUUUCACAUCACACCAGAAGGGUCUCCAAGGGGAAGUAAGUCCUCUCUUCCAUGCUCUAGCGAAGAAGCCUCUGGAGGUUUCUAUGUGAAGAUGCCAAGCAUAGAAUUUUCGACCCAGGAAAUGUCCUCAGAGCAUGUUACCAAAACAAAGGAGGGAACUAUUACUGUGGUGAAGAAGGUGAUGAAGUACACAGAGUCAAGUAGCAGUUCAAAGCUGUAAGCAUCUGAAUCACAGAACUGUGACAUGCAAUAUGUAGCUAAAUAAUAUAUAUAUAUAUAUAUAUAUAUAUAUAUAUAUAUAUAUAUAUAUAUAUAUAUACUGUAUUUAUGUGACAAAUAUUUUCAAUUUGUCUUGCUAAAUUUAAUCUAUUUAAAACAAACAAAACAUUGUAAAGUGACCUUGAGUAUUGUGAAAGGCGAUAUAUAAAUACAAAUUAUUAUUAUUAUUUUCACAUAAACGCUGCAAUACAAAGAAUAUUAUAUUCAUUGUAAAUCUUAUUUUUAUGUUUUGUAACUUUGCCAAACUGUAUGACACUUUACAUUGAAUUAACAUAUUUGUAAAGAUAUUUCCCAGAUCACAUAUAUAGACACAUAUUUUGUUGUAGAUAAUAAACAUACAGCAUACACAUAAAUCUGCGCAGAAUAUUCAAACAAAUGCAAAGAUUUUUCACCUACAUUUUAUUGUGCAGUCUGAUAACAAUAUGCCAUUUACAGGAUUUUUGAAAUAUUGUUUUACUUUUUUUAUGCCUGGUUUGUCUCUGUGGUUUGUGGUUGUUUUUAUGGAAUUUGAACAAGGUGGGUUGUGUUUACUGAAGAUACUAUUAGAACUACAUGUACUAUUUUCUCAUAUUUAUAUGCAUGACCUGUACAGAUUAUAAGACUAAAAAAGCAAGUCUUUGAUGUUGAGUAUGUGUUGAUUUCUAAGAUUGAAAAAAUAUAAAUAAUACAAUAUGAUAGACAAUAUAAUAAUCCAAAUUUAAAGUUUUUCCUUAUCCUUAAUGUUUUCUUGGGAUUGUGAUAUCAUGAUAUAAUUCUCUGUUCAUGGGAAAUGUUCUGAAUUCUUGUGAAUUGCAAACAUUGAGUGUGAAAUAUUUUUAUUUAAUUUUCAAAAUUAACUCUUGUGUUAGUGAUGGAAUUAGCCUAAAAUGCUAGCAGUAUUAUUGUAUUUGUAUAGUGUUUAAAAGGGAGGUUUUAGUACUGAAUUUUAGUACUGCAUGUUUUUAAUGUUGUGUUGCUUUUUUGAAACACAAUUAUUAAGAUGCUUAUCGAAUGCAAAAACAACAGAAUACUCAAAUAAAAUAUUAAUAUUA